CUUUUUUUAAAACAGGGAAUAGCAUCCUGAUAAAAAGGCUACACCAUAAUAAUCCCACACGUGCACAUUUUUCCUGUGGAGAAGCAGCUGGCUAAGUCCACGUGUCAUAUACCAGCGAGUGAAAGUUGGUAAACUUGCCAAAAUUUGUUGACUUGGCAGGUUAUAUCCAAUCAACAGCCUCGUACUGAACAAAAUCACUCUCUCGUCGUGCGAAGUGUCGUUUAAAAGGCGAUCGGCAAUUGGUCGAUUUUGGCAAGCCCCUUGGAACCGCGUUUUGAUUGGUCAAUCAAUGAUCAGCUGCUUGUGCACCUGUACCCCACCAACACCAGACAUUUCUACACCGCCACGUCAGCUUAGGGCCAGAGUCACCCCCCGGAUGCCGACACAUAAAUUUGACAGUGAUCUCGGUAGAAUUCUUCAUUUCAGAGAAAUUUAACGUGGAGUUUUCCGUGCAAGAGGUAGAGAAAUUUCCAACUCUCAGAAAAGCCCGUACAAAACUUUGGAAACUUUUGUGCAAUAGCGUGAUUUCUUUUUGUCAAGUUUUGAAAGUGUUCACCCAUUCGUAUCAUCGCAUUCACAAUGAAGAAAUUCUUGUUAGCUUACGUUGUUGCCCUCAUCGUGUCAGCUGUUGUGUGUAAACCCAAUGAGGGAAGUAGCAGAGUGAGGCAAGAGACCAAACUGAGUGAGAGAUCUCAUUUUGAUGAACAUGGCAAUCACAAUCCUGACUAUGAUCAUGAUGCUUUCCUUGGCGAGAAGGAGGCCAAGAAAUUCGCAAACCUGACACCAGAACAGAGCAAAGAAAAAUUAGGGCAGCUAUUUGAUCGACUAGACACCAAUCACAAUGGAUCAAUCAGUGAAUCAGAGCUAAGAGCUUGGAUUGAAAUUCAAACUAAUUCUGUACUAUAUGAAGAGCUCGACAGGCUAUUCGGUGGACACAAUCUCAAUGGCGAUGACCUUUUGACGUGGGAAGAAUACAACGUUACUACUUACAGUGGAAUGCCAUUGGAGAAACUGAUUACAAUGCAAGAAGAUAAAACCCUUGACUUCCGGAAGAAAGUACGACAGGACAAAGCUCGUUGGGCUGUAGCUGACCAGAACAAAGACGAGGCUCUAGAUAAGGAUGAGUACAUGGCAUUUGAGUGGCCCCGGGAGAAACCGCAUAUGAAGAAUAUUGCUAUUGAUGAGACCGUGGAGGAUAUGGAUAAGAAUGGUGAUGGUUUUGUGGACAUUGAUGAGUAUAUUAAUGACCUUUGGGACGGUCAAGGCGAGAUUCCUGAUUUUGUAGAGGCAGAACGCAAAGGGUUCGGGGAAUAUAGAGACAAAGAUGGCGACAACAGACUAAACCAUGAGGAGGUCGGGGACUGGAUCAUGCCAACUCAUUACGACCCCAUUCUAUCAGAGGCUAAACAUCUUAUGUACGAGUCAGAUGAUAAUAAGGACAAGGAACUUACAAAGGAUGAGAUGAUCAAAAAUUUUAAACUCUUUGUUGGAAGCAGGGUAACAAACUUUGGCGAACUUAGGCAUGACGAAUUCUGAUGCCCUACAUCGACCCUUCAAACUAUUUAAAUAAAGUGAACUAUUUUAUUACAUUUGGAUGAAAAGAACUAUGCAAGGAAUUCUUCACAUUUUUGGUGCUACUAUUUUUUUCUACUAUGCAAUAUUGUCAUUUUAAGUCUCAUAGAAUGUUUAUGGAAGUGUCUCGUAUUGAGAAUGAUUUUCAUAAAAUCAGUCAUGUCAGAAAGAGUAUUCUCUUAUUUUAACAAAAUUGUACCAAAUAUAAGCAGAAAACUACAAAUAAUAAACUUCUUAAAAGCAUUCUGAUCACCCACUCUGUCUAUGUAUUAGGUGAAAAUGUUCUUGCAUUGCCGAACUUGUGUUUUCUAUGGGGAGAGGUUUGAUAAUUUACCAAAUUAUCAAUUGGCGAUUUUGACAAUAUUUUGUCUUUGCCUCCUAUUGGGAAUAUGUUGCUUCGUAUGAAAUCAUUGUAUCUAAUUUCUGAGCUGUAACGGUUGCAUUCUGUAAUGCAAUUAUGGUCGAUAAUACAAUCAGUGACUAUACUUCAAUGCCAUUACAUUGGCUAUUUUGACAUUUUGAAAUAUAAAAGAUGACUUUUUAGAUUAAAACAAAAUUGAUUAAAAGUUUAAAGUUAGAGUAGUCCAUCUUGUACUGGUAGGAUGUUUGUAUAUUUCAUUUUUCCACCUAUGUCAUGUUUGUUCACAGGAUUGUUUGAAUAGAAUUUAUUAGACUCAAAGCCUUGUGUAGAUUUGGUGCAACAAAACUCAGUCACCAUUUUCGAAGUGUUCAAACAAGUUGACACAAGUCACUUAUACAAAUUAAUGGGUAUUUUGUAUACAUCAAUUUUCAAGUCUGUUAAAGAUUGUCUAGUAAUUAAUAGUUGGUGACUUGAAAAUGUUAUUUUGAAGUCAUAAUCGAUAUGAUGAGUUCAUUUUUCAAAAAAUUUGAUUGGGCCACUAUUUUCUGUAUUUAGCUUCUAGAGAAAAUAUCUUCUCAUAUAGAUCACAAAAUGUUGCUGAACCUUCUUGAUGAGUUUUGCCACAAUUUGUUUUAGCAGACCCUUAGCCCGAACUGGUUUUGCUGUGACCAACUGUCACUCGAGAGUUUUCUUUAAUGUGAAAUGUUACCAUGGUUACUGAGCCUACUAUGUGAUUUUAGAUGUCAAUCUGUAGCUUGCUUUGCCUAUGUAGAGUUUGAUCACAAUUUCACCAAUCCAUUGUUUUAAAUUUUAUUUUGUUCAUUGCCCUAUUUUACAUAUGUUUUUUUCUUUAGUUUUAUUAAGUUUUGCAGGGUGUAUUGAUUGUCAUAGUUUUCAUUGUUUUGCCAUUGUUUGACUUAUGAGGUACUAUAUUAGGUUGAAAAUUCAAGAUUAUUGGAACAAUACGCGAUGUGUUCAUAAUUGGGAAAAAAAUGCUCAAAAGAAAAAAAAUUAUUAAAAAAAUAAUUGAAACGAUUUUCAUUAAGAUGGUAAUUUACAUUUUAUGUCUGAAUUACUAACAAGUGGUAUAGUCGCCAAGCAUGGCCUGUGAUAGAUAGAUAGAUAGAUGGAUACAAAAUGAAAGGUUUACUGAAAAUACCGAGGUGGAUUAAAACUUCACACAAGUCAACUAAAUAUUAUGAACCCAUUUAGCAUAAUCACAGAGUCUUCAUUUCCAUCUGGGAAAUUCCACAAAGUAGAUCCAUACAUCUGACCUCUACUCUCCAGAAAUGUUUUGCCUCUGUUCAUAUGACAAAUUAUAAAGCUUUCAAAAUGCCACAGCUUCAGCAGUUUGUUAAAUGAAGAAAAAUUUGGUGAAGACAUUUGAAAAGAUUGAUUAUGGAAUUACCCUUCUGGUUAUGAUGACUUCAUAUAACAUAAUAAUUCAUUUUUAAAGACCUCUAGAAAGUUACAUCAUUAUUCUGCUUGCCAAGGUUACCAUGGUAUUGAUUUGUGAUUUUUGUACUAUAAAGUCAAGAACGAUACUUGCCAUAAGAUUUGGUAAAUUGGUGUAUUGCCAAAACCAACUGAUUCCUGCCAUUAUUUUGAAUAAAAAACCGGAAAGUGAA